AACAGUAGUCAUUGGGUGUCAGAGGGGUGUAGUACUACGUCUCACCGGGGUGUAGUACCACGUAGUGACUAGUGAUAAUGGUGUGGUGUUGAUGGUGAUCUGUGAAUUUGUUAAAGAGUUGCGGGUGGUGGUUUAGUGAGAAAUGCCCGUGGCACGUUCAGUCUCGGCGUCUCAGCUGGCCCGAGGAGAGGGAUCCCUUACUAGCCCUCCUGGUACACCUGACGCCCCAGUCCUCCUCCUUAAAGCCCACACACUUGACAGGCUCGAGUAAGAAGCAAUAGAGGAAGAAUUUAUACCAGAAUAUCCAGAAAAAAAAUGUUGAUAUGUUGACCAUCUUGCCAAGAUUACCAGUACCAACAUGUCAUUUCUCUCUUCUCCAGUGGUACUGAGGCUUAUGUAAAGAUUUUCUAAACCAUCAACAAUGAAUGGACACGCAGAGCCUCGUAGGAAGCGACCAUUUAUGUCUUUCAGGCUGAGCAAAAAGCCUGGGAAAUAUAAGGAAAGUGGAUUGCCACCGAAGGGCGAUAUCAAUCAGAUUCCCGGAAGUGUGACGGAGUCCACAAUACAGUCGAGCAUGAUCAGUGAAAAUGGUGUGGAGAGCCUGGAUGGUGGCAGUGAUUCCAGCAGUGCCUCGGUAAAACCAAAGAAAAAGUAUCUCACUCGAAUGAGUUCGUUUGUGAGUCGGGUAGCUUUCAAGGUGCAAGGGGGCGCCCCAAACGCGCCAGUGGGGGUUCACAGAGGGAAGCUCGAACAUAGCAAGACCAUCUCGGUGUCCGACCUCCAGAGUCCCAAAGCGGAGGAUUAUGUCGAGUUUGAGGAGGGGAAGGUACCCGGAGUCAUGGGCAUCCGUAACCAUGGCAACACUUGUUUUAUUAAUGCAGUGAUACAGUGCCUCAAUCAUACCGACGUUCUUGCCGAGUACUUCGUCUUGGACCAGUAUAAACACGACCUGGCCAGAUGUAAUAAAAUCAAUUCCAAAAAAUAUGGCACCAGGGGGGAGAUCACAGAACAAUUAGCCGUGCUGUUAAAGGCUCUUUGGACUCUAAGAUACGUGCCCGAUCUGUCCAUGAACUUUAAGAACACCGUGGACAAGUUCGAGUCCAUUUACCGCGGCUCACAGCAACACGACGCCGCCGAGUUCCUGAUGUUCGUGUUGGACAAAGUUCACGAGGAUCUCAAUACGGCAUCCAAGAGGAAGUACAAGAAGAUAAAGAAUACGUAUGGGCGUCCUGACGAGGUGGUGGCGGCAGAGACUUUAGCUAACCACCUCAGAUGUAACAGCAGUUUUAUACACGAUAUAUUCCAGGCACAGUUCCGGUCGUCGCUGAAGUGCCCUCACUGCCAGAAGGAAUCGAACACCUUCGACCCAUUUCUCUGUGUGUCCAUUCCUAUCCCCCAGCGACAAGUACAGUCCAUAUUUGUUACCAUUGUCUACCUCAAUCAACAACCCAAGCAGGUCCAGCUGGGUGUGAGUAUAGAAGCCAACGCGAGUGUCCGAGAGUUGCGGAAACAGUUGGCGGAAGACUGCGGGAUCUCUACCGAAAGCCUUAUUAUUACGGAGGUGGACGGGGAAGGAUUCCAUAGAACCUUUACUGACGGUGCAUCGGUGAAUGUGAUUAGUGAUAAUGACCCUAUAUAUGCCAUUGAGUUGCCUCCUCACAAACCGCCCACGCAAGAAAGUGGUGCCUUCAUCCUCGUCACGUGGGUCAAUGUAGUCCUGGCUGAACCCGACAAUAUAAGGUUCGGCGGAGUUUACCAGAGUCAGGUGGUGCGAGAUGUCACUUACGUAGAUCUACAGAAGCUCCUCCUCAAAGAGAUGACCACCAUGGUUACCAACGACACGCUAACGUCUGAACAGGAAAGUGGACUGUUUCUGAUUGGUGUCGACGAUGGUGGAAGUUGUGUCGUCUGCCUUGACCCAGCCCUCGAUGUGCCGCUGUUCCAUGAAAGUGUGGAGCAGGCGUUGGCACUCUGUGAGUCUUCUGCUGGCCCCCCACACAUAAAGCUCAUUCUGCAGUGGACUUCAGAAGCCAAAGAGAAGUACAUUAUUGACGAUGUUGACCACGUGGAUGUCCAUUCUAGUGUGAAGGACUUGAAGGAGAACCCCCAACAUUGUGCCUCAGUCUCCCUGCACCAGUGUUUACAGCUUCACACGUCGGCUGAGAAACUCGGAUGUGGCGAUGCAUGGCACUGCCCGACUUGUAACCGCAAGCAGCAGGUGGUGAAGAGACUCAUGCUAUGGUCAGCGCCACAGAUACUUGUCAUACACCUAAAACGAUUCAGACAAGGUACCCUUCAGACUAAUUCAUCCAAACUCUCCACUGCCGUCAAAUUCCCACUCGCUGGAUUUGACAUCUCCGACCACGUAGCCGGUAAACCUAACACCACCCACACCAACACCAACGUGGACUCCAGUGUGUUGGGAGGCGUGUGGUCGCCCUGGAAGAGACCAAAGCGUUAUAUACCUCACAGCGAGGAUAAUGUUUACGAUCUCUACGCUGUUUGUUACCAUCAUGGGAAGGACAUGCAAGGGGGUCACUACACCGCAAUGUGCAAGAACACUGCUGACAACAAGUGGUACAGCUACGACGACAGCAAAGUGGAAGCCGCCUCGGAGGACAAGGUGGUCGACCCUGAUGCCUACAUUCUCUUUUAUCAGAGGCGAAGUGAUGCAACCCAUUUGAGCUCCAUUGAUGGAAGUUUGUUAGAGCAUUGGGCUUAUAGAAUACCCCUGUCAUACCUGCCGUCAUCUCUCACGCCACUGGCUAACAAGGAGAACAAAGUACCACCACCACCAUUUGAGAGAGGACGGUCGUACGGGACGUUACCUGUGAGCGCAAGGAACCAGAGGCAGACUUCAAUAGAGAGGGAUCACUCGUCUGACACCGAAGCACCGCUGGCUUCCCAUGAUGAAUCGCCCAUCCUGAAAAGAAGAUCCACCAACACUUUGCAUGAAAAUGAAGAUUCACCCAACGAUGACGCACCAAAGUCAAACCUCAAGAUAGAAACAAUUAAAGUUGAUGUUUUGCCAACACAGAAUGGAACAGAGAAUGGUGAUGAACAUAUGGAGUGUGAUAAUAGUGUUUCCAGCCUUCAGGACAGUGACCAGGAGAUGUCAGAGUUGCCGAGGAGUUCUUCUGGCAAGACGGUUUUAAUAUCUCGAUGCCAAGCUCUAAGAGACCAAGACCUGACGGAUGGAAGCGAAUCCCCGCCAGUUUCAGGUACCCCUAAUGGACACGCAGAACCCGCACAGACUGACGAGGUGGCGAAGAACGAGGAGACCGACGUGCCUUUAUUAGACAGCCGAGAGACUGAAGAUAGCCAAGAAGAGCAAACACCUGAAGUACGAAUCCACCCAGCCACACCAGAAGUGCUUGCAGCUCAUCAGGGACACACUGAAGGGCAGCCCAAACGUAGCGUCAUCACUCUUACCCUCCGCCCUAGAAACCCCAGCGAGUGCUCGAGUGGAGGAGUGUGUGAGUCCCGCGUGAGAGUCGUGUCUCGUACCCCGAGUGUGGUCAGCUCGUGCAGCACCGCCAGCAAUACCAGUAACCCCGUAGUAAACGGCGUGGAUCACGUGUAUCAGAAUGGUAAUGUAGACGAUCACCACAGAGAAAAAAUAUUUGGUCUUUCUUCUGACUUGACACCUGAAGUGAGGAUCACACCAUUGCCCAAGUCAUUUGAGCAAGCGGCAAACCUUGUUCCCUCCAGAGUGUCGACACGGUGCACAAAUGCAAACAAAACUGCGAGCUUUGUCGUGAUAAAUACACCAUCAGUCAGUCCAAGAGCACCACGGCCAAAGACUCCCAUCUCCAGUUGCUUAAAUGGCUCACCAAGACCUUUUCCCCCACGAAAUCCAACAAAACCGAGGGAUUCUUCUGCAGAUUCGUUUAAGAAUCAGCGGCCUAUGGUCACUAGGAAAGAAAAUAUGGUGUCAACAAAGCAAUCUAUAACCAAUUGCAAGAACCAAAAUCUGCUGCCAUCAGUUAGUUACUGUGGCUCUGUUAAGAACUGUUACAAUGGUGUAAGUGCUAAGAUUGACCGAUUUGAAAGAGGAGACUUCAAGUGCAAUUCUAAAUGUGAUAAGAGAGACCUUGGGUAUGAGAGGGAGGACAAGUACAAGAGAGAACAGCCAUAUUUUAGAGAUUCAGUUUAUGAUCGAGAACUAAAAGGUGACAAUGACAGCAACAAGUAUGAGAGGGACUGUAGGUACAACAGAGACAUUAAAUAUACCAGGGACUCAAGGUAUGAUGGUGAUCUCAACUUUGAUAAUGAUUUUAAAUUUGACCGAGACUUGAAGUUUGACAGAGACAUCAGAUGUGAUAGAGAUUACAAAUAUGACAGAGUGAAUCACUGUGACAGGGACUAUGACAGAGGGAACCAUUGUGACAGAGAAUAUGACAGAGUGAAUCACUGUGACAGAGACUAUGACAGAAUGAAUCACUGUGACAGAGACUAUGACAGAGUGAAUCACUGUGACAGGGACUAUGACAGAGUGAAUCACUGUGACAGAGACUAUAAGUAUGAGAGAGAGGGGUUGUGUGAGAGGGAGUACGAGUAUAAUGGAGACUCCAAGAGUAAUCGAGAUUUUAGAUACGACAGAGAUCUGGCGUACGACCGAGACUCAAAGUACGACUUGAAGUACAGCAGAGGAGAGGCCAGAUGUGAGCGAGACUGUAUAUAUGAGAGAGGAGAGAGCCGGGACCACUGCCCCUCACAGGAGUAUCCUAAGGGACUACCCAACACUGCCACAAACCCCCCAGUAAUCACCGAGUCCAGCGUAUGAUAGCGCCUACAGUGCUGUUUGCACUUCUUACCAGAGUCAUUUAAUUUUUAGCAAAUUGUAAUUUUUUCAUAAAAAAAAAAUAUAAAACCAAAGGUUUUAUGAGACAAGUGUGAUAUAAUUUAUUUCAUGUUACCACAGAGAUGUAUGUACUGUACAGUAAGUGAACAUCAGAUGGUAGCCGUUCAUUCCACUUGACAUGAUUGGCAACAUGCAGCUUUGGUAUUUGCUUUGAAGAAAGUCUACAGAAUGUUCUUUCCUUUCUUAAGAUAUUUAUAUGGUACAUGUGUAUUAUCUUUUAUGCAAGUCUUUAGCAUUUAAGAUAUUCAGGUUGACUAUACAUUUUAUGAUGCACAUAUGCUUUUUCACAUGCACGUGCUGUUUAUACAUUCCAUAUUUGCAGAUUUCGUACAUAUAGAAGAUGUGUAAAUACUUUUUACCGAGAAAUGUUUAUUAAGAUUUUUAUAAAACGUGCCUAAAAUGAGGUUUAAGAAUAUAUAUAAAUAUAUAAAUAAUAUUGAGUUUAGUUAUUGAGGUGUGGCAGUUUGUGACGGUUGGCCUCGACCGGUGUGAACGCUGGCAGCUCAAAUAUGUUAGGGGAGUUCCUGUGCCAGUGACAGUCUGUACACUCUGCCAUCCUCACAACAGGCAGCAGUUAUUAAUGAAAAAAAUGUGUUUGGUUAUACAAAUGUUGUAUCAGCUGUGUGACGUUGCAUUUUCAGUAUGCACAAAGUCAUGAAAAUUCUUCUUAAUAUAGAUAAUAAAUAUGUGGGGUGUGAAUGUUUGUUGUUUGUUUGGGAUGUGUAUGUAAGUGUGUAUGUUUGUAUGUUGUCUUAAGAUAGGCAUUCAUUCAUGUUUCAAAUACAGGUAUAGUGAAAAUUUUACUUAGCAAAAUUUGAAGAUGUUUCGUGGACUUUUCUUUUCCAACCUUUUAUGGACUGAAUUGAAGUGAUACAUUACAGUAAUGCACUCACGACCAUACCACUAGAUGCACUUCAGAUUGUCUCUCAUGCUAUUUCUACCUUUUUAUUUUAAAUUCAAUGACAACGCCCUCCCCUCCCCUCCCCACCCAAGUCUUGACGGGGAACAAGAGACACCUUUUGAAUGUCGACACCUGUCAAGCUGGUUGUGGUAUUUUAACAAGCGAGUGUUUAUUUUUACAACUUAGAAACUUAGAUAGAUACACAGGUGGAUUUCUUAUAUCAAGUGUGUUGCGAGUGUACUUCUUGGUUAUGUUUCUCGUGUAUGGACUUUCAUGUGGCUGUGGUGAGCUUGUUACUGUUUUAUUUAUGGCUGCUAUAUUUGAAAAUCAACCCAAAGGUAAUGUAUUUUUUUUUUGACAAGAGACCAUAUCAGUUUUGUUAUUCUACGAAGGCACUUGAUUUGUAUAUAUUUGGUCAGAAUAAUAAUAAUAAUAAUAGUUGCUAAACCCU